UGAUGGAAGUGAAAGAGGAGAGUCAAGCUGAAGUGGAUGAGAAACAUCAUAUUGUAAAAAUAAAUCAUAAUGUUUCACAGAAAGAAACUCUGAAGACAGAAGACAUAAAGUGUGAAAAUAGUUUCAGUGAAGAUGAACGCCCUGCAGAUCACAAGAGGACUCACAGUGAGGAGAAACCUUUCACAUGUCAACAGUGUGGAAAGAGUUUCACUUUUCAAUCGAGCCUUAGCCGGCACAAGAAAACUCACAAGGGGGAAAAGCCACACGCGUGCCAGCAUUGUAACAAGAGUUUCACAGAUACAACUAAACUUAAGAUACACAUGAUGUCUCACACUGGAGAGAAACCAUUCACAUGUCAUCUGUGUGGAAAGAGUUUCAGAACAAAUUCUACCCUUAAAGUACACAUCAGGAUUCACACUGGAGAGAAACGACACGCGUGCCAUCAGUGUGGAAAGAGUUUUAUAACUGCAGGUGAACUUAAGAUACACAUGAUGUCUCACACUGGAGAGAAACCACAUGUGUGCCAUCAGUGUGGAAAGAGUUUUACAACUGCAAGUUUCCUUAACAGACAUUUGAAAAUUCACACCGGAGAGAAACCUUACACGUGUCAACAGUGUGGAAAGAGUUUCAUCUUUCCAUCGAACCUUAAUCGCCACAUGAAAACUCACAUUGAGGAAAAGCCACACGCGUGCCAUCACUGCGACAAGAGUUUCCCAGAUACAAGUGAACUUAAGAUACACAUGAGGUCUCACACAGGAGAGAAACCUUACACUUGUCAUCAGUGUGGAAAGAGUUUCUCUAUUGAAAGUAACCUUAAGAUGCAUGAAAGGAUUCACACUGGAGAGAAACCGUUCACAUGCCAUGAGUGUGAAAAGAGUUUCAAAACAAAAUCUCACCUUAACACACAAGAGAAUCCACACUCGAUAGAAACCAUUCAUGUGUCAACAGUGUGGAUAUGGCAACAACGUUUAUAUUGAGAGCUGAGGUCUUAUUAAAAAAACUGUCUGGAGGAUCCUUACUAAAAGUCAACAUGCGCAAAAAAGCCCAAAAUGUCUGGACUUGUGUUCUUGUGGACUUCAUCAGUCUGGGCCCAAGUACUGCUCCAAUUCCAAGUUUGCAUAAAGCCAAGUUCAAAUAACAUCAUCAGAUGUGUUCUUGAUUUGCUCAUUUGAUCGAGGAUACAUCAGAAGGUGACUUGUGUGGGCUUGUAUCAGACAAGUUUUCCAGAACUUCAAAUCUGUGGUCAGUUAGUAAAAAUAUGACCUAAUAUUAAAAUUUCCUCUGACAAUUUUGGAUAUUUGGGUUCAAGUUGAUCAGCGGGCAGUCAGUGUCGUGUACACCGCCGAGGGCAGAUUCAUCUCUGCAAGUCCUUCUGAAAUGUGCCGCUGGCUCAGUGCAGCUGCUCUGCCCUUCAGUGUGUAGUGGAAGAUUUUUAUUAUGCUUUUAUUUUCAUAUUAUUAUGUUUUAUUUUUCAUCCUAUUUUUCAUUUUUUAAUUACAAUCAUAAGCUCACAAAUUGUGAUUCAUAUGGAGAUCAUGUUUUUCUGUUAAUGCACAUAAUUAUGCUUUUUCUGUCUUUUCAGCAAAUACAAUGUCCAAGGACUUAAACAUCAUGUACCAGCAUGUACUGUCCUAUAUGAUAAGAUAUUUAACUGUUUAUGUUCUUAAUCAAUGACAAACUGAAGGUUAUCUUCUAGAUGACGUAAAAACAGAUGAUUGUAGGUAUUUCAGCAUCUUACUAUAAAUGUGUGUUCAACCUUGUAAUCGGGGCUCUUGGGUUUAGGCUUCUAGCACCAGGGAGUGAGAGCCUAUUCUGCAGAAUAUAUAAAAUUCAGACAAAGAAAAUUCUGUCGACAGUGUGUCUGUGUGAUCCUUGACUUUCACUCUUAGUGAGUAUUAUUUGAUGCGGCUAAAAUUCCACGACUGGUGGUCAAACAUGAAAUAUUCCCUUUGGAUAUAUAUCUGGCAUUUUUCUGUCUCUUUAUUAUUCAUAUGAAGUCUGUUAUUUGUUGUUAUAGUUUUAACUGAUGUUAAAGUUAAGUUUCAUAACUUAAAUCACAUAUUCUAUAGAAUCUUAACACUGAAUCAUUGCCUUUGUAUUUUAACUAGAUUUUUUACUUGUGUUUACUUCAUGUUGUACAAACAUUUUGUACUUUUUUAAUAAACGUGCAUGUGGUCUGGUUGCGGUGAGAUUUUGGCAUUUUCUUGUGGUCUUGUUUAUUGCGGCAAAUAGUAUGCCAUACAGAACUGUUUGCCACUGAAUCUGCAUUAAUGACGACAGUGGGGUCUCUGGCCUUAGUCAAACGGGUUGGUGUGUAUAUGGUCAGGUUGUGGUGAGAUUGUGGCGUUAGAGAUUGAGGUUAGGUCAUGUCAAGGGUUUAUGCACCGAGUUACGAGAAAGGAGCAUCUUCAGGAGAUUAAAGGGCUGAGGAGUAGUGUGGCAGAGGGUCACUCAAUUGACCAUCCCACAGAGUCUCAUGAGUGCCUCAAGUAUGCAUUAAGGGAUAUCAACAUCAAGUCCUAUACAACAGAUCUAUGACCAGCACCUGUAUACAGAUGGUUCUAAAGAUUCUGCCUCUACGAGAACUGUUUCUGCAGUGAAUAUCCCUACAUUUCAAUGCAAUAUCAGCAAAAGAAUAACUGAUAAUGCUACCCAGUCUCAUGUAGAUGCGUAUAAAUAGCAUGAAGUGUAAAAAUUGUGCAAUACAUACGCCAAAUUCCAAUUUGGCAUGCAUAUGAUACGCCAGUCCUUCCCAUUCACUUAAACGGUGCAUCUUUUUUUGUUGUUUCC